UGCAUACAAAACAGCUGAGAGUACAACAUAUUUUUAGUUCAAUAUAAACCAUUUCGUCCAAAUUAUUCAAUUUAUUUGUGGAUUUUCACAAACCUUGCUGCAAAAAUAAAGAUAAAAGUUUCUGAAAACAUAUAAAUAUGCAAGCUUUAGAUAUUUUAGAAAAACGCAUAGACACUCUGUCUAGAAUUUUGGGGCCUGUGCCGACUGCAAUUGCAACCUGCACCACAGAUACAAGUGAUUCGAACAGCACAGUGACAGUUACCGAAAAUAUAGUGGAUUCAUUAAUAUCAGCAAAUAAUAUUAUGAACGAAGCAAUUUCUGGACGUGAACAAAUCAGAGGGCUUAUGAAUCGUACCGACGAGUUGGAGAAAUACUUGGACCCAAAUUUUCUGGAGGAAAGCCAACAAGUGUGCGCUAAAGAAGUCUACUUAAAUGCUAUUAGCCAUGAUCUGCAUUUACAAUUUGCUGAAUUGGAACAAAUAAGAGACCUUGAACCAACAUUGGGAGCAGAAUACUUUCGUAACAUACCCGCGGAGGAGGGUAUGGACGACUUGCUACAUAUAAAUAUGGAAAAUGAGGAAAUAGCUCGACAAAGUGAAACGAUUGAAGAAAGCUUAAUCUUAGCCAUGAAACAUUACGGUGAAAUACAAGAGAAGGUAAUGUCAUCCUUGGAAACAAUGAAUAAACGCCUACAUAAGCUGGAAGAGAAAAUGUUGCAAAAGCAACGCGAAGAAAUGAAUAAGUCGACAGAAUAAAACUUAUAAAGAUCCGCUAUUUUCCUUUAUAUUUUCUUACUAGACUGGCAACAAUAGUUUAAUUUUAUUUAUACAAUUACUGUAAUA